UCCUGCAGGACAGGGAACACCUGACAACGUUUAGUCAAGCAGCUGAGGACAUCAGACCGACCCGGGCGGCUUCUUCCCUCCCCCGGUAACGGGGAGGCUCCCGAACCCCGGCGAGACCUUCGGAUUCCGGGACCUCCCGGUGGCCGUAACCCGAGGCUCAGCCACUCACACAUCCGCGUACGUCACCACGUCAGGUCCCUCGCUUGGUCCUCAACGUCACUGGGAAGCGCUGGUGGUGUGGAGGUGACGACGAUAGCCGAGCGACAGAGCAGGGGAUAUUGUUGUCAAGUAAAUAUGAAUGAAUGGAAGGCAAAGAAACCUUUAGAAUGGGAAAAUUACCUAAAUAAAGAAGUGAAAGUUACUGCAGAUGAAAAAAAUACUUACCAAGGCUGGGUCUUCACUGUCGACCCAGUAUCAGGAAGCAUUGUUCUGGUGAACUUCAUAGAUGCUGGGAAGGUGUCUGUUGCAACAGUUAUGGGCCAUGCGAUCCAAGCAGUGGAACUGAUCAAUGAAGGAGAAAGCAACACCACUGAGAAGCUCUCUGCCUUAUUUAUGCCUACAGGCACCAGGACCUACAGCAAUGAGGAGCUUGAACAACGGAAAUCCCGCCUUAAGUCUUGGCUGGAGAAAAAUCGGAUUCCUGUUACAGAGCAGGGGGACCAAAAUAAGAUGCUUUGUGUGGCCGGGGUAUUGACAGUUUCUCCGCCAUAUAAUCCAGAAGACUGCAAUAGCUCUAAUGAAAUCAUCUUAUCUAGAGUUCAAAGCCUUAUCAACUGUAAUCCAGAAGCUGGUCAUAAAAAUGAAUGAAGUUUCUCUGGUAGAUUUAGUACCUGCAACCCCAUUGUAAAACAUUUACUGUUCUUCCACAUACACUCUUCAGCCCAGAAUUGUGAUGGUGUUUUUAUUGCUGCUGUGCAGAGUAAAAAUGAAAGUUCAGGCUGAUCUUGUCAUCCAAACUGAUGUACCAUUUUUAAACCAUCCAGAACAGAAUCUCAUGUUGAGUUUUCAUAUGUAUUUAUCUCAUGAAAUAAGGUACUGUUGUAAAUAUACAACUUCCAUUCUGAAGUUUAUUAGUAAAGAU